AUGGCUUCCGAUUCCCAAGGACCCAUCGUGGUGGGCAUUGCCGUUGCUUUUGCCAUUGAGACAUUUAUCGUGAUUUGCCUGCGCCUGUUUGCUCGGAUUGUGGUCCUGGAACGAGUGGGCUUGGAUGAUUAUCUCAUCGUCUGCGCAUGUGUAUUCUCGUGGACUUUCAUCGCUGUCACAAUAGUCGCGGUUCAAAAAGGCCUUGGCUCACACUUGGAGGAUGUGGACCCCAACAACCUCGUUUCCUACUCCUUUGUGGUCUGGCUGAGCUCCAUGUUCUACCUGGCCUGCUUGGGCUUCAUCAAAACCUCUGUCUGCUGGUUCUACACUCGCAUUGGUGAUAAGACCCUCACCCGGAUGUCGUUGAUCAUGAUGGUUGUGGUAGGCACACAAGCCGCCGUGUUCGUCAUGGUCGCUGCCUUUCAAUGUCGACCAAUUUCCAAAGCUUGGAAUGCAGAGUUGCCCGGUUACUGUGUUGAGAUUAAUGUCUUCUACCUAUCCAAUGCUGCGCUCAACAUCCUAACCGAUCUGCUUACCUACACCCUCCCGAUCAAAGUCAUCUUCAAUUUGCAGAUGCCGGUCAAGCAGAAGUUUGCGUUGGUUCUCAUCCUGUGUCUGGGUCUCUUUGCGUGCAUCUCCUCCAUCAUUCGUAUCACCUACAUUCCCACCAUGCUCACUUCGGCCGACUUCACCUACGCCAUCGGCGGGGCCAUGUACUGGUCCGUGAUUGAGACCAACGUUGGCAUCCUGGCCGCUUCUAUUCCCUCCUUCAAGGCCAUCGCGUCACGCUUCUUGCCCCGACUCAUCGGCGAGUACUCAUCCGGGCGCAAGUACCGAUCCGUCUCGAAGCUCACGGGAUCGAAAGAAACACACUCGGGAUUCUCACGAUUCAAGGACAGCGUGACACUUGGCUCCCUGCGCGCCACAGAAGAGGAGGAGAUGGCGUUGGGGACACAGAUCCACAGUGGAUAUGGUCAGAAUUCGAGCGAGGAAAGAAUCGUGGUGCCGGACGGGAAGAUCUGGACCACCACGGAGAUCCAAACCAACGUCGAGGUCAGCCAUGGUGACGUCCGAUGA